AUGUGCGGUUCAGACAUCUUCCUAGGCAUUCUCGCCAUCUUCUUCCCCCCCGUCGCCGUAUGGAUCAAAGUAGGCAUCUGCACCGCCGACUCCAUCAUCAACCUCGCCCUCUGCUGUCUGGGCUACGUCCCCGGUCUCCUCCACGCCUGGUACAUCAUCCUCAAAUACCCCGAGCCGGACUACGAUGACCCCAACUACGAGCCCAUCCCGGGCUCCAACCGGCGCGGGGAUGUCGAAAACGCCCAUGUCACCUACUACUACGUGUCGCAUCAGCCCAUGUCGCCCCCGUCGCAGCGAGGCUAUGGGACGCUGAAUGCACAUGCCCCCGCCGGUGCGCAGCAGCCACCCAAGCCGCAGAACCAGCCGAGUGCCUCUGGUGGUGCUGGCGGUGGAGGAAGUAGCAGUCAGGCGGCGGAGGAUGCGCGCCCACCGCCGACAUAUGCCGAGGCUGUCCGGGGUGACCACAAGGUGCAGGAUGGAAACUGA